CAUUUUUGUAUUGAAAAUUUUUGUAAAAAGUUCAGUUUGUUUCGCAAGUUUGCUUGAAGUGUUUGGAAGUCAUAAUUGUAUUGUUAACGGGUGCGGAAUUUUAAGGAAAUAAAAAAAUUUGUUAUUUCACUUAAAAUUUUUUAUUAUUUUGAAAAAAAAAAAAAAAAAUAAAACAAAGCUACCUACACUAUAAACAAAAAUUUUUUUCUUAAUUUCAAAAAUAAAAGUGAAUAAUAAAAUAUAAAUAAAAGAUGGCCGUACAAACUGGAAGAUUGCUCUUAAGAAUUGUUGAAUUGGCUGUUGCAAUAGGUUGUAUUGCUUUAGUUGAGACUAAAGGUAUCAUAUUACCACGUCAAAUGUUAACAUGUGGAACAUUUGUCGGUUUUACAAUCAUAUGCGCCGUUUUAGUUUUAGGUCACAUUAUCAGUUCUCCACUCGAUAAACGUGUUGAUAUGUUAAUCAGUAUUGGUGGUGUUAUUUUAUUCAUUGCAACAGGAGCUGUUAUUAUUGAUGCAUUUAAGGAUACAACAACAAUAUUUGGUGUAGGAAAAGAAUAUAAGGAUUAUGCUUUGGCAACUGGUGGACUUGCAAUUAUUGACGCUGUUGUAUUUCUUAUUGAUAUUUUUAUUACAUUUAGAAGUUAAAUUCAUUUUUAGUUAUGUAAAAAAAAGUAAAAAAGAAAACAAGAAACAUAAACUAUUAAUUUUUCCUUUUUUUUCUAUUUAAAAAAUAAAUUUUUUUAUUGAGACAAAUUUGGCAGAAUAAAACAAACUAUCAAAACACAAGAUGAAAAUAAAAUAAUAAAUUUAUAAAAAUAUUUUUUUUUUCCAAAUUAUAAUUAUAUCACUUUUUUGUCUAUUUAUUUUAAUUUCUCCUUUUUUUUUUAAUUAUAUGAUUAAAAUUACAUAAAAUAAAAAUAAUAAUAACUUUAAAAAGUUAGAAUGUAAGAUUUUGAAAUUACAAAUAUAAAAAACAUCCAAAGCUA